AUGCGGCUAAUCUGGCUGAUGAUUGCACUCGGAGGAGCAGCACCAGCCUAUCUACCCUGUCAACUGAGCCCAUGUCCUCCACCACCUCUCUCAGGUCCCCCUGCACCAGCGACGACACCGAGACCUCCAAUCACAGGCUCAGACUGCAACCCCGCACCACCACCGCCAACGCCACCACGACCAUGGACGAGGCGAGUUUGGCCAAGCGGUGGGCAUGUGCCCGCAGGAGCAUGGCCAUGGCUCCGCACAUCGUUCCCUCCCAACAGGAAUACUGGCUAA